GUCUGUCUUUGUAACCCACUGGAAAUGUUGGCUCUUUCCAUGUUUCUCAGGAGAUGCUGGAAGCUCUCAAGGCGCUCUCGACCUUUUUCUUUGAGAACAGUUUGCGCACACGGAGAAACUUGCGAGGAGACAUUGAGCGUCGAAGCCUGGCCAUAAAUGAGGAAUUCGUACACAUAUUCAAGCAAGUUAAAGAGGAACUUGAGAGUAUAAAUGAAGAUGUGCAAGCAAUGAGCAGCUGUUGUGAAGAUAUGUCUAGCCGUUUGAAGGCAGCAAAGGAACAAACCCAGGACUUGAUAGUGAAAACAACAAAACUCCAAGCAGAAAAUCAGAGACUGGAAAUGAAAGCGCAAGUUGCAGAUGCAUUCAUAGCAAAAUUCCAGCUGACACCAGAUGAAAUGAGCCUCCUUCGAGGCACGAAAGAUGAGCCGAUUACUGAGGACUUUUUCAAGGCAUUGGGAAGAGUAAAGCAAAUUCACGAUGAUGUCAAGAUUCUCCUCCGGACAAAUCAGCAAAGGGCAGGCUUGGAAAUUAUGGAACAGAUGGCUUUACUGCAAGAGACAUCUUAUGAACGACUUUACAGAUGGACUCAAAAUGAGUGCAGAACUUUGACACAAGAAUCGUGUGACAUUUCUCCAGUUCUCGCUCAAGCUAUGGAAGCCUUACAAGAUAGGCCUGUCCUAUAUAAGUAUACUUUGGAUGAAUUUGGAACAGCGAGGAGGAGUGCAGUAGUUCGUGGUUUUAUAGAUGCUCUUACUAGAGGAGGUGUAGGAGGUACACCCCGUCCUAUUGAAAUGCAUUCCCACGAUCCUCUGAGGUAUGUAGGAGACAUGCUGGCCUGGUUGCAUCAAGCUACAGCUUCUGAAAAAGAACAUUUAGAAGCCAUGUUAAAGCUUGUAACUGUUCAAGGCGUGGAAGAAAAUAUUCAAGAAGUAGUUGGGCAUAUCACAGAAGGUGUCUGCAGACCCCUGAAGGUGAA